GAGCCGCCGCCGCCCCCCCGCGCCCCUCCCGGCCCCCCCAGAGCACCAGCAGCCAUUUCAUCUCCACCACCACCACCACCAAGUAGGCGCAAAAAAUGGCAGAAAUGGAGAAAGAAGGGAGACCUCCCGAAAAUAAAAGGAGCAGGAAGCCGGCUCACCCGGUGAAGCGGGAGAUCAACGAGGAGAUGAAGAACUUUGCUGAAAACACUAUGAAUGAGCUCCUUGGCUGGUAUGGUUAUGAUAAGGUAGAACUGAAAGAUGGAGAAGAUAUUGAAUUCAGGAACUACUCAGCAGAUGGGGAAAGCCGCCAGCACAUUUCUGUUCUCAAAGAAAAUUCUUUGCCAAAACCAAAAUUACCUGAGGACAGUGUUAUUUCACCGUACAAUAUAAACCCAAGCUACCCAGGGCUUGCUACAGGAAAUGGACUAUCAGACUCACCAGCAGGGUCGAAGGAUCAUGGGAAUGUACCUAUUAUUGUCCCAUUAAUUCCACCACCUUUCAUAAAGCCACCAGCAGAAGAUGAUGUGUCAAAUGUACAAAUAAUGUGUGCCUGGUGCCAGAAAGUUGGAAUCAAGCGCUAUUCCCUGAGUAUGGGAAGUGAAGUGAAAUGCUUCUGCAGCGAGAAGUGCUUUGCAGCUUGCCGAAGAGCAUAUUUCAAGAGAAACAAGGCUAGAGAUGAAGAUGGACAUGCUGAAAAUUUUCCCCAGCAGCACUAUGCUAAGGAAACUCCAAGACUUGCCUUCAAGAAUAACUGCGAACUACUUGUAUGUGACUGGUGUAAGCACAUAAGACACACAAAAGAGUAUCUGGAUUUUGGGGACGGGGAAAGAAGGCUUCAGUUCUGCAGUGCAAAAUGUCUCAAUCAGUACAAAAUGGACAUUUUCUACAAAGAGACACAGGCCAAUCUUCCAGCUGGACUGUGCAGUACAUUACAUCCUCCAGUCGAAAAUAAAGCAGAAGGCACUGGGGUGCAGCUGCUUACUCCAGAUUCUUGGAAUAUACCGCUAGCAGAUGCUCGGAGAAAAGCCCCAUCCCCAGCGUCUGCAGCUGGCCAAAUUCAAGGCCCUGGACCAUCAGCGUCUACCACUGCCUCUCCGUCUGACACUGCCAACUGCUCUGUCACUAAAAUCCCCACGCCAGUUCCCAAACCUAUUCCCAUCAGUGAGAAUCCAAAUAUUCCACCAGUUUCUGUCCAGCCACCUGCUAGCAUUGUGCCUCCAAUUGGUGUCCCACCUCGCAGUCCUCCCAUGGUGAUGACAAACCGUGGGCCAGUUCCUCUGCCCAUAUUCAUGGAACAGCAAAUUAUGCAGCAAAUCCGUCCACCAUUUAUUCGUGGCCCACCUCACCAUGCCUCGAAUCCUAACAGCCCUCUGUCAAAUCCAAUGAUUCCUGGAAUCGGUCCCCCACCAGGUGGUCCCAGAAAUAUGGGUCCCACCUCUAGCCCCAUGCACAGGCCAAUGCUGUCCCCCCAUAUCCAUCCCCCUACAACACCUACCAUGCCUGGGAAUCCUCCUGGCUUGUUGCCGCCUCCCCCUCCCGGAGCUCCUUUGCCCAGUCUUCCCUUCCCCCCUGUCAGCAUGAUGCCAAAUGGUCCUAUGCCUAUGCCACAGAUGAUGAACUUUGGAUUGCCAUCCCUUGCCCCACUGGUGCCACCCCCAACUCUACUAGUGCCAUAUCCUGUCAUUGUCCCUUUGCCCGUUCCCAUCCCCAUCCCCAUCCCCAUCCCCCACAUCAACGACUCCAAACCCCCCAAUGGCUUCUCCAGCAACGGUGAAAGCUUCAUUCCGAGUACCUCCAGCGAGACGCCUGGGGCAAAGCCAACCAAUAGCUCUUCAUCCCCUCGAGAGUCAAAGCAAGGAUCAUCCAAAUCCUCUGACUCAUCACCGAGCUGCUCAGGCCAGUCCCUUAAUCAAGCUAAAGUGCUUCAGGAGCACAGUAAAAAUGAAGUUGUUGAUUUGACUGUCAGACCUAGUAGUCCAGUGAACAGUAAAUUUGGUUUCCCCAGUGUGCUGCAGGGUCCACAGGACGGUGUGAUAGACCUAACAGUAGGCCACCGGUCUAGGCUGCACAAUGUCAUCCACAGGGCUCUACACGCCCAAGUGAAAGUUGAACGUGAACCUAACAGUGUUGUAAAUUUGGCUUUUGGUAGCUCAGACAAAAGGAACUGCAGCGACUGCAGGGACAGCUGUAGCCCAGUUGACUCAAAAACGUUACCGUGCAGUGACGGAGCUCACUGCUGUCCCGUCUCCUUGGCCUCUGGCACGCCAGGACUGGAAGCUGGCGCAGCGGUGUGCAACGUCAUUGUGAAUGGCACAAAGAGCACGGAGGGUUCCAAGAACCCGGAGCCGCCCCAGGAGACGAAAAAGCCCCAGCCCCCGGAGGAGCUGGCGGUGAGCGAGCUGGAGUCUGUUAAGGAGAACAACUGUGCGUCAAACUGCCACCUUGAGGGAGAUGCUGGCAAGAAGACUGGGGAAGAGCCCCUGGCUGCGGGAGACAAACAGGACCCGAACCUUAACAAUCCAGCAGACGAGGACCAUGCAUAUGCUUUGAGGAUGCUGCCCAAGACAGGUUGUGUGAUCCAGCCUGUGCCAAAACCAGCAGAAAAGACUGCUAUUGCGCCGUGCAUUAUCUCAACGCCAAUACUCAGCACAGGGCCAGAGGAUCUGGAGCCACCAUUGAAAAGGAGGUGUCUCCGAAUUCGAAAUCAGAAUAAGUAAAG